GGUCCUCGUCGCGUACAGAGAUCCAAAAUUGAAUCCGUGCAAUCUAUCGGCUCUGUGCUAACAAUCGGAGACGGGGUGAAUCCGAAAUUCAUCUGUAACAAAAAAAACAAAAAUUUAUUCAUACAGACUGCACGUUUCACACAAAUCAGAACAAGCUUAAAGUACGGUACGGAUGAUGUGAUUAGGAGCUGAUCUGUCAUACGUCCGUCAAAUUCAUCAGUAUCUCACUCAUCUCAAAAUGACCAACAAACCAUUUACAUCACAAAGUACAAAUAUUUCAACUGAAACCACUUACUCCUCAGCACCAUCAAGAUGUGGCAAUGAACCGGUGGUGAUUACUAACUUAACUAAGCGUUCGCUUUACGAGCAAUCAAUAACAUCAAUUUACAAAAAUGGUUUACCUUUUAAAAAAACAGCCUGCAACAGUUAUUACCCUGCCAGAAACUACCUUAUGUAUAAUAAUUCGCAAUGUGAUAUAAUUCCUGGACUAAAAGAGUUUUUUCCUGGUGGUUUAUCAUUUUCGUUUAACCAAGUUGGUCAUCAUUUCACGAAUCAGUCACCCAACCCUUUGUACACGCAAUGCUGGCCUCCACAGGAUCCAAAUCGAUUAGAGUUAAUGCUACAACCAGAUCCAACGCCACUUAAAUUUCAUUAUGAGGAAUCAACCACCACGGCCGAUAUGCCGAACAGUACACGUACUUAUGCCAUCCAGUGUUCAUUACAAACCUCAACGACAAAUAGGGAAACUGCAACAAGCGAAGAAACAACGCAAACUAACGGGGCAGAAAGUAAAAAGAGUACCACGUCACUAUCUUGCAGAAAAUCCAAAAGAAAGAAAAAAAGCAAAAAGAAAAAAUCGACUCCUGCCGAUCAAGAUUCGGAUUCGCCGUACGGUGAUCUUUAUUCGGAUAAUGCAGAAAGCCAAUAAAUAAAAAUA